AUGUUGUUGGGGUCCGUUUGUAUGCUGGCUCUAGCUGCAGCUGCCACCUCGUCGGAGGUGAACCUGUCCGUAGUGCUCCCUGGUAAUUACGUCGAAGUGACAACGACGAUUCCUGUCAACUUGCCCUUUUGCGCGUCGGCCCAGUGGGCUGUGCAAGGCAAGACAUACGACGGGCUCACCGCCUGCAAUGCCCCGUCCAACUUAGUAGGUGCUGUGCUGCUGUCUGUGAACCCGUUUCGGUGUGCCGAAUACAGCUUAACCACGGACGUUCGCGGGGUAUUUGGUUGUAAUCGGUGCUACUUUGGAUCACUUGCGACGCCCACCCAAGUGUUUCCUGCCGAGCAUCCCAACAGCCAGAGCAACGUGUUUUACGUGCGAGAAAGCGUUACUGGAUCGUAUAACAUGGCGUCAUGCUUGUACACGCAAGACAAGGGCCUAGCAUCGCUCUGUGAUGUGGUUCAUCGCGACUCGAUUGGAGGCCCGUCCAACGCCACUUGCAUCAAGGGAACACUCGCCACUCCAUUUGCCACCCCUUUGAACGACGCCGCUCCUUGCAAGAAGUACGCUGUCGUCGACGGCGAAAUCGCUUGCAAAUAG